AUGACUGACACAUGUAGAAAUGAUAUGUCUUCAGUAGCGUGUCUACUUCAAGUUCAGAGUUUUAUUUUAACAGAAACUGUAAUGACUGAGAACUAUGAAUACAUGCCACGAGCGAGGCCGUACCCUGAUGUUGAAUAUCCUUUGACAAUUAAGUAUUGUGGUGAAUGCACUAUGCCUCUGGAGUAUUGUGAAUUUUCACCAUUUCCUGACAAGUGUCGAGCAUGGUUAGAAAAAAAUUUACCUGAAGAGUUUGAACGACUUAAUACCGAUGAUAUGAAUUCAAAUCAAACUGAGGCAGCGCCUAAAGGACGUCAAGUUAGGGGUGGAAAAGGAGGACCUAAAAAACCAGUAAAGCAGCAAAUAGCAGUAUUUAAAACUUCCAGAGGCAAGAAAAAAUAUACAACUAGUGUUACUGGAUUAUCCACAUUUGGGAUUGAUCUGAAAGCGGCUUCAAAGGUAUUCGGUCAUAAAUUUGCAACCGGUAGUUCAGUAACGGGAAAUGGUGAUGAAAUCGUAAUUCAAGGAGAUGUAAAAGACGAGCUAAUUAAUGUAUUAGUUGAAAAAUGGCCAGAAAUUGAUAAAGACGUAAUAGAGAAUCUUGGGGAAAUGAAACGAUAA